AUGAGUGACACCGGCAGUGAUUCAGAGGCGUCAGCAACAGAGCAUACAGCACUCAUGGAUGGCCAUAUAGCAGAAGCGCGUCCCGACAGGGAAAUAGCUGAACGAAUAGCGAGAAAGAGAAAGUCUAAAUCCGAAAGUCAACGGAAUUAUGGUAGUGUGGAACGAAGGGAAGAGAGUGGACAAGGUGACAACAGGGACCCUGGUCCAAGCAGCAGUAAUCCUGGAGUGCAGAUGGAGACACAGGUUGAGGAACUUGAGCUGAAGUAUGGUGCGCGGCAUGUCAUCAAACUCUUUGUGCCUGUAACACUCUGUAUGCUUGUUGUUGUUGCUACAAUUUCUUCAAUAAACUUCUAUUCAGUCAAAGAUGUAUAUUUGGCCUACACACCAUUCCAUGAGGAAAGUCCAUAUGCAGUUACAAAAGUAUGGAAUGCUCUUGCCAACUCUAUGAUACUGCUCAGUGUCAUAGCUCUCAUGACUGUACUACUUAUUGUGUUGUAUAAGAAGAGAUGUUACAAGAUUAUUCAUGGCUGGCUCAUUCUUUCCUCACUGAUGUUGCUAUUUUUAUUCUCAUAUUUGUAUAUAGAAGAAGCUUUAAGAGCCUACAAUAUACCCAUGGAUUACAUCACCCUAGUUUUUGUAAUGUGGAACUUUGGAGUAAUGGGCAUGAUAGUGAUCCACUGGAAGGGUCCUCUUCGAAUGCAACAAGCUUAUCUUAUCUUUAUAGCUGCCUUGAUGGCUCUAGUUUUUAUUAAAUACCUUCCAGAAUGGACAACAUGGGCUGUUCUCGCAGUAAUUUCAAUAUGGGAUCUAGUAGCAGUAUUAACACCAAAGGGACCAUUAAGAAUUUUAGUUGAAACCGCCCAAGAAAGAAAUGAACCAAUAUUUCCAGCCUUAAUUUAUUCAUCUACGGUUAUGUAUUGUAUGGCGGCUCCUGGCGUGGCUGUUGGCAGUGCGGGCGGCUCUGGAGCCCCCGUCCAAGGUGAGCAGCGCCCGCGUGAGCUACGCCCCCUCAAUCCGAAUGGGGCGCAAGCGGCCGGCGGCGAGAAUCGAGGCGGGGGCGGCGGGACGGAGGGCGACGGGGAGGGGGGGUUCGACGCGGCGUGGCGCGCGCGCGGCGGCUCCCCGCGGCGGCUGCGCGUCGACAGCACCGCGCCCGCGCACUACACCACGCGGCUCGACCGCCCCCGCCCGCCCCCUCCCCCACCCACCGACGCCGAGGACGAGAAGGGUGUGAAACUCGGUUUGGGUGACUUCAUUUUCUACAGUGUCUUAGUUGGCAAGGCGAGUUCUUACGGAGAUUGGAACACGACGCUUGCCUGUUUCGUAGCAAUACUCAUUGGCCUCUGUCUUACGCUGCUACUUUUAGCGAUAUUCAAGAAAGCCUUACCAGCUCUCCCCAUAUCUAUAACCUUCGGGCUGAUCUUCUACUUUGCAACAAGAUGUGUUGUCAAGCCCUUUGCCGAUGCGCUAGCUGCAGAACAAGUCUUCAUA